GUGGUGGAACUGUGGUGCUCACACAGACUCCUCAAGGAGUUUUACUUGCUUGUUGUUAGUAUUAAUGGAUUUAAAUUUGCAUGAGGUUUCUGUGACCUCGAGAGCACAAGAACCAUGCGAGACGAGAGGAGAAAAACCCUGGAACAAGGGUUGGACAGGUGGAUCAGGAGUCAGUCAUCUUCGUCCAAAGGAAGUUCCUGCCUUAAAACUGGGUGAACUGUUUGACUCAGAUGAAGAGGAUGCCACAUGCAUCCCAUUCAGUGAAAAGCCUGUCCAUGUCGGCCCUCCAGAUUCCUCGUCCUCGAUGAGCUGGGGUACCGCACUCUCUGCACAGCCUUCACAGUGUGCUGUGGACAAGGAUGCCUGGACCACGGAGGAUGCGAAAUCGCACCUGCUGCAAUACUAUAUGGGUAGUCCCUGCACUGCCCAGGACAGCCUGAAGAAGCUGGAGGCUGAAGAUGUUGCCAUGGAGAAAAGAAAGCAAGCUGUUGUGCAUCAGGUCAUGGUAGACCAGCUGUCCCGGGCUGUCAUAAGUGAUCCUAGUCAGAACUCAUCCCUUUUGGAACAAAACUCAUUUUCUACCGCUGGAUCAGUACCACUGUCUUUCAUGAAAAGGACUCUGCACGAAACAAAAGUGAAAACCAGCUCAUCAUUAACUGAGAAUCUGCUGUCUAACAAGCUCCGUUUCGAUGCCAGAAUAUUAUCAAGGAAUGGACGCAAUGCAUGCAGGGAAUUGAUAGGAUUUUUCUUCACUUAUGAUAACACUUUGACUGUAUAUGAGUAUCGCUGCUUUGGCAAAAACAGAACAAAUGCACUUCCUUUCAUUCCCAAAGGAUGCUACAGACACCAGUGUGGACGGAGAUCAGGCUUGCAGUACAGCAUCCACGAUUUCUUUGUGGGGGCAAACCUAUCCUUCUCCACACAUGAUCAAAACCUACCUGAAAGUAUGAAGAGAAACCCCCUGUUGUGGCUGCGAAUUACGGAUGUGGAUGAGCUGGCAAAGAGCAAGCUGCUAAGCUCUUCAGAAGAUCUUAAGAUGUGUUUUUCCAAGGAGGAACUUGAUGACAGGAACACCUUACUGGCCAUUCAGGCAACCCUGCAGGAGAGGGUGAAGAAGAGGGCUGUCUGUACAAUCGCUAGAUUGGGGCGUCUCCUCAGGAGGGCCGAUGGAUCUGGAAAUGAUACCUUGGGCAAAGCUGACGUCCGGCGGGCACUGGAAGACCACCAGCUUGGGCUCUCUGAACAGAGCUUUCAGAGCAUAUGGCGUGUUCUGGAUUGGGACGGUGACGACCGGGUGGACUGUGGCGAGUUGAUGCGAGGCCUCUUUGGGGAGAUGAAUGAGUACCGCAAGGCCUUUGUUCUAAAGGCUUACAGGAAGCUUGAUCCCACCAAGUCUGGCAGCGUGUCCAUGACAGACAUUGAGAAAUUCUCCUGUGCCAGAAGUCACCUGACAGCAGUUCCAGGUGAGGCCACAAAAGAGGAGCUCAGAGUGAGGUUCCUUGAGUCCCUGCACAGCGCCUGCUCAGAUGCUGCAGUGAUCUCCUUCUGUGAGUUUGAGGACUUCUAUGAGGGCAUGAGCAUCGGAAUACCUGAUGACCAAGACUUUGCCAACAUACUAAAAAACUCUUGGGGUAUAUAAGCACUGCGUGUGGUUAUUGAAUUAACCAAUAAAUAAUAACUUAUAGCUGAAACCAGAGGUGGCUUCUGAUGUUGGAGACGGGAGGUGUGAAAUGAUAAAAGAUUGUUGGCUAUAUGUGCCUUAGACAGGAAACUCGUUCAUCAUCUUUGCAUUAAAAAAAUCAUCAUGAUACCAGUGUUUUCUGAGUGAUAAUAGUACUGUUUUGUGUGUAAAUAGUUGUUUUGACUGCUGUAACAAUCAUUGAAAUCAUAGAAACAUUUUCCUGCCCAGCAGAGGGCUCCAAAAGUUAUUAAAUCAGAAUAUCUUCAGUACAGGUGGUCCCCAAUUUGCGAUGGAGUUAUGCUGCGCGAAACCAAUCAUGAGUCGAAAAUAUCGUAAAUCGCAAAUGCAUUUAAUUCAGCUAAUACACACCUCUGCAUGACAGAUUGGAAGAUGUGGAUCGCUGCCACUCCCCAGCAUUGCAAAAGGGUAUCGCUCCGCAUAUCAUUAGCCGAGGAAAAAAUUGAAAUUC